AGAUACCAAAACCCUAGUUAACGGAGAUGGAGGCGCCAUUUGCGGGGGAUGGAGUCAUGGCACUUAUGCCUCAGGAGCCGGUGAGUUCGAUCGAUCCCGCUGCGGUUCCUUCCUCUUCUUCGAAUUCUACGGUGGCGGCUUCUGGAGAGAGCAAUUCGGUGUAUAACUCCCCGAUGUUGAUAUUUGUGUUAUUUCACAAAGCGAUCAGGUCGGAGCUCGACCGGCUUCACCAAGCCGCGGUGUCGUUUGCGACCGAUGAAGGUGGGGAUGUUCGCUGGUUGUCGGAGAGAUGCCGAUUUCUAUUCGAUAUCUAUAAGCACCACUGCAAUGCCGAGGACGCGGUUAUUUUUCCAGCUCUUGAUAUCAGGGUGAAGAAUGUAGCUAGGACAUAUUCUCUUGAGCAUGAAGGAGAAAGCGACCUCUUUUGUCAAUUGCUCGAUCUACUAGGAUCAAACAUACAAGGUGACGAUAGAUUUUGGAGAGAAUUUGCAUCACGUACUGGAGCUGUUAAGACAUCACUGAAUCAACACAUGUCCAAGGAAGAGGAGCAG